CCCCGGCUGGCGUCGUGCCUCCCUUCCCGUUAAACCUUUGCUAGGCCGCGGAUUUAGUUGCGGGAUGACUGCAAAGACCUUGAGAAAAGAGGGGGGAACUGAUUGCACAGAAAACGAGCGGAGAGCCAGCCCUAGAGCGGCUAAACAACAUGCAUUGAUGAAAAUUCGGGCAUUAACAACUUCAAGUGGGCGUAAUCACCAAAAACCAGGGAGUAAUGGCCAAAAACCAGGAGGCGCCACUAAGUUGAGCAAAGCCGUGAGAAGCAUGUUAAGAUACCGUACGCGUGAGGAGGCGUUGUCUGCUGCUGUGAAGAAAGAAUGUGAUGCUGAGGAGGAACAUUAUGGUCGACUUCCUGAUCGUUCUGUUCCAUGCACUACCUUUGAGGAGAGACAGUUUGGUGAUCUAGUCACAAGUGAUAUCGCUCGAGAUUUUCCUUGCACUGUCGUCUCACUUGCUUUGUUUGAUGGAGAUAUGAUGUUAUUUGCAUGCUCAGGCAUACCUCUACCACAUGGGAGAAGUAAACUUCAACUUACUAGAUAUGUGACUUCAGCAUGUUUGGCUACAGAAUAUAUCAGCAAAAGAUAUAGAGAUGAUAAAUUGAGGAUUGAAGUGCGCCUUCCUAAUGGCCAAAAAGUUGAUGGGUUCUUGGAGCUAUAUAAUCGUCACAUUGCUAUUGUCACUUCGUUGGGGGAGCAAGAUGUCUACUCUGUGGAUGUGGAGCUUCAGGAAGUACUUCCCUCUUCUGAUGGUGAGAUGCUAGCUGCCGGGCGUACCUUUAGGUCGGGUUGUUUGAUGGCCGCAAAGGUAAGGCUUGUGCCCUGUAGUGAUGACCUUGGUUGGUUUGAUCAAAUCAGACUUCUGGUCGAUCUACCGACUGCCCAGGAACGUCUCAACAUCUGGAAACCUGUCGGCGGCUACGAAGGUGGCCCAGUGGCUGUCCUUGGAGGGCCAGUUCUUGGAGAAGAUAAAAGAAUUAUUGGGAUGAACACUGAUUUUGGUCAUGAUGGUCCACGCGACAUUGCAUAUGUAUCAUUUCUACCACUUACACUACUGUGUAGAUACUUGAAGCACUUUCGGAUACUCAAGUAUGUCUUCUACAUUUCCAGUAUUUAUGAGCUACAUCUUCCACUGUUAGCCUAUAUUAAACCCUUGUACUUACAAGCAUUGGAGCAUUAGGAUUUUAACACGGUAAUCUGCAGGUUCAUACUAAUUUGGUUCGUGAUACCUCUACCAGCUGAUGGAUACCUCCGUCACUAUAUCACUGACAUGUCUCUUGUUGCUAGUUUAGUGCUCGUGCAUAAUGUUACAACUAGGAUUGUUGUAUAAAUGAGUUAAAACUUUAACAAUUCACUUUGAAAAUAUAGACAAUGCAAUGUAUGUUAGUCGGAUCUGAAUUUGCUCAAUCCUCUCGUGUCUUCAGUUGAAUGUUUGUAGGCCUGAUUCAUAAGCCUUUGUUCCAUAAAUAUUUUUUUUCUUUAUUUAUUUUUCAUAACAACUAUACUGCGUUCAUCGCAGUCCUAAAGAAAUCCACUUCCGUGGAUAUUUGUUGCCUUCUGGUGUACACACCAUAGUCCAUUCAGGUAAAAAAAUAAUGAUUCAAGCCAUCAUUGUAAAUGUUAUCUAUUGAUACAUUUCAUCUGAGUGCUAUUAUUGAUCGCCACUGCAUCAGGAUCUAUGAAAAGAAUUAACCGGAUAAAACACUAUGGCUAUCCCAUGCCACC